AUGAAGGCCCUCGUGCUUGUGGGAGGCUACGGCACACGACUGCGGCCUCUCACGCUCUCUGUGCCGAAGCCUUUGAUAAACUUCUGCAACAAAUCGAUUGUGGAGUACCAGAUCCAUUCCCUCAAGAAGGCAGGUGUGGACCAUGUCAUCCUCGCCGUUGCGUAUCAACCGUCUACGCUGAUGGACGCCCUUAGUGCUCUCGAGCAGAAAUAUUCUCUCGCGAUCACGUGCUCCCGCGAAGACGAACCCCUCGGGACUGCAGGCCCGAUUCGCUUGGCGAAAGAUCUUUUGCUCUCUCCGUCCCCCGCACUGGCCUCCAGUCCAGAUGGAAACGGAGGCGGAGCCGCGGCGGUCGUCCGAGAGCGACCGGCACCCCGCGACAGGGAGAGCUGCCAAGAGGUUUCUGCAGAGUCGGCCGCCGCGCAUGGAGACGCCGGCAACGACCAGGCGGACGCAAGAGGCGGCGAUGCGGAAGACUGUUUUUUCGUGUGCAACAGCGACGUGAUUUGCCCCUUUCCAUUCAAGGAAAUGCUCGCGUUCCACAAGGCAAAGGGAGCGGAAGGUACCAUCUUGGUGACGGAGGUCGAGAAUCCGUCGAUUUACGGCGUCGUCCUUCACGACGAAGAAGGCCGCGUCUCAGACUUCAUUGAAAAACCGCAACAGUUCGUGGGCAGGUGCAUCAACGCCGGUUUAUACAUCUUGAACACGAGUGUCAUCGACCGGAUCCAGCUCAGACCGACUUCCAUCGAGAAAGAAGUCUUCCCGCAGAUGGCCAGAGAGAAGAAACUCUUUUGCUUCAAACUCGACGGAUACUGGGCAGACAUAGGCCAACCAAAAGAUUUCCUUAAAGGCAUGACUCUUCAUCUGGACGCCAUGCGGCAGCAACAGGAAGCCACCAGCCACCAAGAAGGCGAGGUGGAGAACGGAGUCGAUCGUGACGCCAGGGUUCCAAGUUCUGCCCGUCUUGUCUCUGGCCCCCAGUUUAUCGGCAAUGUCCUCGUUGAUCCAUCGGCUAAAAUCGGCGAAGACUGUCUAAUCGGUCCGGAUGUCACGAUCGACCGCGGAGUCGUCGUGGGUCGAGGCUGCCGGCUUCAGCGCUCGGCCCUCAUGGAAGGCGUGCGAGUCGGCGAUUACACGUGGAUGGAGACAGCGAUUGUGGGAUGGCAGUCUCGGAUAGGAAAGUGGUGUCGAAUUGAAGGCCUGACCGUGGUAGGCGAGGACGUUCACAUCCGAAGCGAGUGCUGCAUCAACGGCGCGUUCGUCCUGCCGCACAAGAGCAUCACGCAGUCGAUCCGUGAACCGGGAAGCAUUAUCAUGUAAUAUGCACGUCAAACGCACAGGAGAGAAAAAGGGAAGAGCAAGGACAAACGCGUCACUGCGGCGCUUCGUGGCAUAGGCCGCAGAAAGCCGCAGCGUAGAAACGCGUGUGCGGAGAACCAAAGAGACCAGGCAAAAGAACCGACUCGAACGGAAGAACAGGGCAAUCAAGGGAUCUUACUGUUGCCAGAC